AUGGUUGUAAUUGGUUGGAAAUGCUGUCGUUACAUAGGAUCGAAUCGAUUUUCAUUGGGCUCUAACGUAGGAAGGUAUUCGAGUUAUCAAACGGUUGAUACGGUUGAAAGUUACAGUGGUGGAAGUGUUGUUAAAUCGUCAAAAACGACGCCGCCUCUAACGACGCGUAUAGUUCGAACUAAAUACGGUGACGUAAGCGGAAUAAUCGUAUCGUUAGAUUCGAGACAUCUCGAACCGGUCGAAGUGUUUCGCGGUAUACCCUACGCAAUGCCACCGACGGGAAAUUUAAGGUUUAUGCCACCCGUGAGCGGUGCUCUAUGGUCAGGAGUUAAAUACGCAGAUAAAUUCAGUCCGGUUUGUCCGCAGCGUUUACCGGAUAUAAAAAACGAAACGCUCGCGUUAAAACGAAUGCCCAAAGGAAGGUUGGAUUAUUUGAAAAGGUUACUUCCGCAUUUACAAAAUCAAAGCGAAGACUGUUUGUACCUGAACAUAUACGCUCCGGCACAAGCCGGAUCAAGGGAUUCAGCGGGAUCUAAAAAAUAUCCUGUUUUGCUUUUCGUACAUGGAGAAUCAUACGAAUGGAAUUCUGGAAAUCCGUAUGACGGAUCCGUUCUCGCUUCUUACGGCGGAAUCGUUGUCGUUACAAUAAACUAUCGCCUGGGAAUAUUGGGUUUUUUAAAUUCAAACACGGAUUCAUAUUUAAGAUCUCCAGCAAAUUACGGAUUGAUGGACCAAAUAGCGGCAUUACACUGGAUACAAGAAAAUAUAGGAGUUUUCGGUGGGGAUCCGACAAAUGUAACAGUUUUAGGUCACGGAACGGGAGCCGCUUGCGUUAAUUUUUUAAUGGCUUCAAGCGCCGUACCUGACGGUAAUGCUAGAGUAGGCGGUGGUGAUUGUGAUGGAGGAGGUUUAUUUUUAAUUUACUUAAACGCCUUUUUUUUUUUGACGAUUUCAGGUAUGCUAUUUCAUCGAGCCAUAUUAAUGUCUGGUAGUGCUUUAGCCCCGUGGGCAUUAGUACAAAAUCCGGUUCGUUAUGCACGGGAAGUAGCAAAACAUGCAAAUUGUUCACCGGAUCUACCCCAUUCCCAUUUGUUAAAAUGCCUCAGGGAUCGACCACUUCAAGUACUUUUAUCAACGCCUUUCGAGUCACCUGAAUUCGCUCCUGUUUUUGGUCCCAGCGUCGAUGGUGUUGUUAUAGACGGUGUAGAAUCACCGGAAGAAUCAAAUUUAAAUUCUAGGUACGGUGAAAUUUCCGGUUACAACGAAAUUUUUUCAAAUCCUACAAAAUCAAAUCAAAUGGAUGGUGAUAACGUGAUGGGUAGCGUUAGCGUACCUAAUAACGUACUCCUACAGAAAAACGUCAUUUCACGUUUGGAACGUUACGAUUUACUUUUAGGAGUCGUGAGAGCAGAAAGUUAUUUUGCAUUUAAUGCAGAAGACGUACAGUACGGUAUAGAGGGCGACAGGAGAGGAAAAAUACUAAAAACAUUCGUGAGAGAAAAUUACAGGUAUCACUUGAGCGAAAUAUUAGCGACGAUCGUUAACGAAUAUACGGAUUGGGAAAGGCCCGUACAGCAUCCGAUUAACAUAAGAGAUGAAACGUUGGAGGCACUGAGCGAUGCCAUGUACGUGGCACCAGUCGUACACAUGGCCGACAUACAUUCUGCGAUGAAACGUAAUAAUUUCUUUUACGUUUUCGACUAUCAAACGAAAUUUGGAGAUUUUCCACAGAGACAGGGAUGCAUACAUGGUGAAGAACUACCAUAUAUAUUUGGAGCACCCCUAGUCGGUGGAUUUUCUCACUUUGUUAAAAACUAUACGAAAUCUGAAAUUUUACUGUCGGAAGCAACAAUGAUUUACUGGAGUAAUUUUGCUAGGAGCGGGAAUCCAAACGAACCACAGGAAACGGAUUUGAGUCAUGGAAUACGACAGGAAAGAAAUCGUUUUAAAAAUAUCGAAUGGAUAGCUUACGAAGGAGUACAUAAAAAAUAUUUAAAUUUGGAUACGAAACCGAAAGUAAAAAAUCACUUUCGAGCGCACAGAUUGUCAUUUUGGUUAAAAUUGGUACCGGAUCUUCAUAGACCAGGUGGUGACGACGUGCCACGAACUCAUCAUUUGCUGUCGGAAGAAGGUGACCACCACGGUGUUCUCGUACACACACACGAUGGUGGUAAAUCACGUGGAGGAAUGCAACAGCAGAAAAAAACAGAUGUCGGAACAGUGAUAGAAGUAACCGGGAAACAAGGAACCGUUACCGGAACUAUAAAUAUAAAUCAUCAAUUCGAUAUAAACAAUACGGAAAAUAGUUUAUUUUCUGUACGGGGUUUACAACCGUUAGAAAAAAUAAUAUCAAAUAACGUGGCAGCAUCCGCAAGUGCAUCCGCAUCGCCACCACCAUCUCAAGAAGAUGGUUUCGCUGCAUAUUCAACGGCUUUAAGCGUUACAAUAGCCAUUGGAUGCAGUCUCCUUAUAGUUAACGUACUCAUAUUUGCCGGAGUUUAUUAUCAGCGUGAUAAAAAUCGUAUGAACAGGCAUCAUCAUCAUCAUCAUAGAAUCGAUGGAUCCUCUCAUCGUGCUGUUGGUGAAAGUCAAAAUUCUAAAACAAUCAUUGAGAAUGGAAUACCCAACAGCAUUUGCGGUGAUAUUUUAUUAAAUUCCGAAGUAUGUAAAUCCGGUGAACCGGAUACCGUCGGUAAUUUCGGUCACAUACAUCAUCACAUACACCAUCAAUUACCGCUUCCGGAUUAUGCUGAUCUUUCGAAUAAUGCCAACCUUCCACGCGGUGGGGGUCCUCCCAAUACGAAACAUCAAAAACUAACACCGUGCGGUGUACCUAAAGUGCGAGAUACUCAAAAUUUCGGUACUCUACCGCGUUCGAACCUUCAAUCAUCCGUUCAAUAUUCUUUAGGUACUUUACCGCGAUCAUCGUCGUCGUCUGCAAAUGCUAGAAAAUCACCGGAAACGGUACAAUCCUUACAAGUACUCACACCCGGAAGUUCGUUAAAAAAAAAAAAUAACGUUUUCGCUAGUAGUAAAAAUAACGAAAUGGAUGAAUUAAGAGUGUGA